AUGGAUCGGAUCAGCACAGUUCAUGAGUUCAAUCAUCUUCAGAAAAGACUGUGGCGUGACCAGAAGCGCCUUGAAAUCAUCAAAGAUGCUUUCAUAAAUUAUGAACGAUUUACAGAAAUUUUGGAGCAAAUAAAUGAAGACUUUGAAGAGAACAAGUUAUUCUCAGCAAGAUGAAUAAUUACAAGCAAAUCAUGAGAAGUUCCUAACUCCUGAAAUGAGACUAAUGAUGUCUUUAACAUUAUCUUGACUGACAUUAAGUUGCCUGCAUAUUUUAUCUGUAAGAGGAAAGUAUCAGUGGGUAAUGAAAUUCCAAUACAAAUUCCAAUGAUUUUAGAAUACUGUGAACUCAAACUUCAACAAGAUGGAUCAAUCAUGAUCUCAGCCACUUCAAGAACAAAAGUAUUUGAAGAUUCAAAAUUAGAUAAUGAGAUUGGAAUGGAAGACCUUGAUAUCUCUGAAGAUUACGAUAGAUCGUUUCUUAGACAUCAGACUCCAGACAGAAGAGCUUCUGUAAAUAGUGAAACUGCUCAGACUGGAUCAAAAAGCGCCUUUUCAGAUCCAACAGAACUCAGUCUAGGUGUAGAAGAAGGAUCUAUUGAUACAAUUGAUCAAGUCAAGGAGAAAGGACUCUUAGAGAAAAUUAAUGAAAUAGUUGCUCAAAGUACUAAAAUUCUCAGUAACCAUAAGAUGGUGGAAGAGGAGGCUAAAAACUUUAUUGAUCCUUCUCUUCUUACUCCUUUGUACCAAUUACUGGUUUGGAAAAUUAUCAAUUAUGAACAGAAGAGAGGUCCAAAAAAUAAUGCUUCUAAAGAACCUCAUGUAUACCCUUAUAAAGAAGUCAAAGACUUGGGAAAAGAAAUCGUGGUGAACAUUGUAGGAAUUGUCAGAAAAGUUAUCCCAAUGAGACUUGAUUCUGAAAACAAAAGUGUGAAAGUUAUCCUAGAUAGCCCAAGUGAUCAGAAUUCGAUAGAUUUGUACUUUACUCAUACUCCAAAAAUAAAUCCGAGAAAAAUGUUCCAGGAGGAACAUGUCGUUCUUGUCCAAAAUGCAGUGAGAAAGAUAUCAAAGAACUUAAAAAUUUAUCUCUACUCAGAACUUCUUGAUCUAAAUGAUAGCUUUGUGACCACUAUCGGUAGCGUCAAGAAAGUAGUAUAUACUCGAGGCCCGAUGGAGAAAUACUAUCCUAAAACUUUAAUCGCAGACAUUGACAGCACUGCCUGAGUGAGACAUAUCCUCAAGCUUAGCCUUAUGAUAGUUGACACAAUCUUUAUCCACAUUCUCUACAGCUGAAAACAAUGUGAUAAGAGUAUAGUAAACAUUGGAGAAACUGACCAAGAUAUUGACAACUUCUGUAAGUGUGAAAAGAGCAGCAUUAAUUGGAAGAUAAAGGCAGCCACAAGAGUCCAAGACGGUACAGGAAGUGCAUUCAUGUAUAUCCAGGGAUAUCCUAUUUUCAGUGCAUUUGGAAUCAAUCCUGAGACAUUAAAAAUGUUUCAAAAAUAUUGACUUGGCAAUAAAGGAGAAUUUCUAUACCCUACCAAAGAUGAUGUGAAAAAUAAAGCAGUGUAUCAAGAGGUGUUGAAAAUAUUUAAAAAUGAUACCAAAUUUAUGAAUAUCACCGCAGAAGCAAUCCCCCUCAAAGAAGGGAUCAGAUGUAGACACAAAGGUGUUUCUUAAUGGUGAAUGAACUAUCUCAGAUCUUGAUCCUUCAUCGAAGCCAAAGACCGUUGUCUGCCUGAAUGCGAUAAAUAUUCAGAAAGGAGUAUCUAGUAGUGCAAAUAGCUUCA